GGACUUUGACCUAUCAUGAAGCCCUGACCCUCCCAGAUCUCAAGUCGUAAUUUUACCGAUAUUCCAGCGUCAGCAACUUUGGCUGGGUGCAUCUGGCACCAAUAUGUCUUACUCAGCACCUCAGUCUCCCGCCCAGUACCGUGACAGAGAUGCUGACUCCAACGCUUCGCCAGCUCGGCCUUCGAAGCUACUGCGGCUUUGGCAGUUAAGCACGGAAAGGGCGUCGUCAUUGCCGCCGCGGCGACUGAAUUCUCCGGUCAAGAACGCUCCGCAAACCCGACCCCGUCUGCAGGAGUACUAUACUUUCGACCACGCAGUGUCACUUUUCAAGUCAUCAAAGAACAUUGUUGUCCUCACAGGAGCUGGAAUCUCGACUUCUCUGGGUGUCCCGGACUUCCGCUCCCAGAAUGGGGUUUACAAUCUUCUUACGGAUUCGAUCUACGAUGACCCCCAGGAGCUUUUUCACAUCGCAAAUUUCAAGACAGAUCCAGGCGAAUUCUUCAAGCAGGCAGCGAAGGUCUUUCCUAGGAUGCAAGGCCUUGUGCCAGUCAAUGAUGACAAGAAGAGUACCAAAUCAACUGAUGUUCCUCUUGUCCCGAGAUAUAGCGCCACACACGCGUUUCUUGCCCUGCUGCAAUCAAAGGGGAAGUUGUUGACGAUAUAUACCCAAAACAUAGACGGACUUGAAGUCGCUGCUGGUCUACCCCUAUCAAAAGUCAUUCAAUGUCACGGUACUUUAGCAACUGCCACCUGCAUGAGCUGCGGGAAAAGGACUACGGCGCGGAAAUACAUGCCGCACGUCCGAGCUGGCAAAAUUCCAUUCUGUAAAUGCUCCCUGGAUCCGGACGUCAGGGAUUCAAAGCAGCGUGGGCGAAGUGGGAAAAAGAAGCGCAAGCGGGAUGACUACGAGGACACGGAUGAAGAGGACGGAGAGAGCCAGAGUCAGUUUCCGAAGGGCCUAAUGAAGCCAGACAUGACUUUCUUUGGCGAGCCCAUCUCUCAAGCCUACGAACCGCGACUGGAGGACGACAAGACAAAGGUGGAUCUGCUUGUUAUCAUCGGCACCUCCCUCAAAGUCGAGCCUGUGAAUGAUAUGCCUCUAAUCAUACCACCUAAAGUGCCACAGAUAUGGAUCAGCAAAGACCGCUGCACACGUGACGGCGUCAAAGUAGACAUUGAGCUCUUGGGAGAGUGUGACCUUAUCCUCGAGGAGAUUGCUCGACGAGCAGGAUGGUCCACUGUGCUGCAGGAGCGACUGUGGGAAAAUCGAAAUACGGAUGAUACACAAAUACCGAUGGAAAAACCUAAGAAGUCUUCCGCAGCUAAGGCAAAGGAGAAUCUCGAACUGCGCCCGAAGCAGCACAAGUCAACCGAACAGAUGGUCCCGCCCCAGAAUGGCGCCAUCAUAAAAACGGAUGACAAGGUCUCUGACCAGGCUGUAUCCCCACCUGAGAAGCACGCAGUCAGGACAGAGUCAAAGAAGAUUGCUGCACAUAACGGGCCAUCAGACGCAGCAGAAUCACGAUCUGAAGCGAAAUCCAACGGCACUAAACUUCCGCCUUCCAAGAUUACGAUCGAGCUUGAAGCAGGGCAAAGGUCGAGAUGGUAUGUCAGACGAGCAAAAUGAUGUCCCUCGGGUCGGGAGCUAUUGUUACGCAUUAUGUUGCCUGUGCAUUAAUAUAUUAGGUAUCAGGAUCGGUCUGUUGGAACACGCCUGGGACGCUUUGAGGAGUCAACGCCUUCGUUAUCCACACUUGUUCUCAUUCGACAUCAUUCAAGUCGAGGUGGACUGGGUCUGUUGGGCAAAAACGGUAUCAUUCUUUCUUCUUAGGCAUGGCCUACUCGUUUGUACGAUUGUCGUGGAUUCUAGCAUUUUGGAAUCCCGCACAACGCAUGUGGGUGCCGAAUGGCAAGGUCAUAACCUUUGGAUAGGGCUAUUAUCGAGAAAAGUGAGCUUCUUGACUGAAAGCUGACUCCCUGUA